AUCUAUCACUUAAUUUCUUAUUGGUAACUCUGCCUUAAGAAAACAAUAAUGGCGUAUUCAGUGAAUAUUUCUGUAGAAGCACCGAUCGAGAAUCAAAUUCAGGAAAUCACUUAUGAUGGUCAAGAAAUUUAUCAAGCACCUCUUACAUUGUCCGAAAACUUGGCAAAAAUCGCGCAAAAAAUCGAUUUCAGUAAAACUAAUGGUGAAGAUGUUAAAAAGGAAUUAGAAAGUGGAGAAAAAAGUGAAGAAGAUACAAAAGACUCUGCUUCUUUUCAGUCAUCUUUAUGGCCAUGGGACAGUGUUAGAAAUAAAUUAAGGAAUGCAUUGACAGAAGUAUGUGUGCUAGCAGAUGUUCUUGCAAUAGCAAAAGAGAAACAUUAUAUGGUUCUUGAUCCAGUACCACAAGAACCAACAGAAGUAAAGCCUAUGAUACAAGUAUAUGCUAGGAAAAAAGCAUUAGCUGGAGCUGCAUCUGUCAUUAUGAUGGGUGCUGAUAGAUUAAAAAAUUGUCAAAAUGAAUUAGCUAGAAAUAGAUCAACUCCAGAUUUUCACAUUGAAUUAUUAAGAUUAAGACAAAAUUGGCGUUUGAAAAAAGUUUCUAAUUCAAUCAUUGGUGAUCUUAGUUAUAGAACAGCUGGAUCUAAAUUCCCUCAGACAGGUAUGUUUGAAGUUACAAAAGCAGAAGAAGAAGAAAAGAAUAGUACAAGCCCUCCUGCAUCUCCAAAUGCUAGUAAUAAUACAUCUGGCCAGGCUCAUCCUCCAAAUUCCAAAGCAUCUGCAUUGAGAGUUACUAUUCCAAGUGAAUUACAGGGUGUUGCUUAUAUAGAAGUAUUAUGUCAAAAAGAUCAAGAGGAUUUAUGUAGUGCAAAUAUUAGUUUACUUAAUAACAGUGCACAUAGUUCUAAUGCAGAUAUGCACUGGCAACAAAAAUUGGAAGCUGCACAAAAUGUUCUUUUUUGUAAAGAAUUGUUCAGUCAAUUAGCAAGAGAAGCUGUACAUUUACGCGCGCCUAUACCUCAUAUGGUUGUUGGCAAUCAAAUCAUGGCAACAGUGCUGCCUGGAAUUCAGUUAAUUAUAGGACUUUGUCAUAGUACGGGAAACGAUAAAAAACCAACUGCUCCUCCUCCUCAUAAAAGCGAACAUGAUCACGUGUUAGAGCAUUCUUUGCAUCAACUUUUACGUGAAGUUCAUCACAAAAAUACUCAUCAUCCAUUUCCACAUCCCUCUUCUGGACCUCUUGGGCCCAGUAAAAGAAGAUGUUUAGCUGGUCCAACAGCUGCCGAUCGAUACGAACUUUUAGAAAUGACAAAAAGUCAAACUCUCUUAGAACAAAUUAUCCAACAGGCUCAACAUUAUUUUAUGCGAUUGCGUACAGAAUAUGUAUUAGAUACAAUAGCAAAAGAAGUAAAAGAUCCUUUGAUUGUAUCUCAUUGGAAUGCAUUAAAUUCUCCUACACAAUCUUGUGUAAAGAUUAAUAUUUUAACACAUGGAUAUGACACUGUAUAUCGAACAUCACUUGUUGUUCAUAUAGGAGAAAAAUCUCUCAAAUGUGUGUGCCGAGAUGGUAGAGUAAUGCAUAUGAGUUAUGAACCUCAAGAAUUACGUGAUUUGAUAUUUUGUCAGAUCUAUCAGCAUCAAAUAACAGCAGUACAAGCAUUAGCAAAAUGUAUGGGUUGGCAAUUUUUAGCUAAUAGUUCACACCUUGGUCUAGGUGCAGUUGAACCUCUAGGAAAUGCUAGUAGUUGUAUUGUAAUUUUAGAAUGAUAGCUGUUAGAUGUGAACCACAAACGGGAGUACAAGUUGCAAUAGCUCAUUCUCCCAGAAAAGAUUUCUUUCCUGGACAAUUAGUAAGAGAAAGAAAAUGGGAAAAUUUAGGUGGUUCUUUCAAAGAAGUUCGGUGGGACAAAAUGGAAGGAAAGAAUUUUUUAAACAAAAUGGAAUUACUUAUG